AUUCUAAUUAAUGAUAAUAUAAAAUCUGUUACUUCUAAAACUAUACACUAUUUAUUCUAUUUUUUGAAUGAAAAUAUCUUUGUAAACAUACAAAAUAUUUUGUGACGUUACAAUUAUACAUACACACAAUAUCUGCCUCUUCAUAUUGACGUUACUGUGUUCCCUCUCGUGAGGUACGGACCGAGAGAGAACACAGGAUGCGGACCGAUCAUGUUUUUAUGCCCGCACAGGAUGCGGACCGGUCACCUAGUUUAUCAUUAAACAAGACGUAAAUGGGAUCAUCAAAUCUAGUGAAAAAUCACCUUAAUCGAAAUACAUGUCGUCCGAAGGAUAUGCCUCCAAACAAUUGCCAAUUGGGUUGUUGGCACAUUAUUUCUAAAAUAUUUUGUUUCUUUAACAUUUUAUAGUAUUUUUACAUACGAUGUAAAACAAUAGAAAAUGUGAGCGUGUGAUUCAUUGACUAAAGUAACGAAUAAGAUAUGGAACGUGACAAAACGUCCUUGGGCUGUAACUAGGCCUAUUCAAUCCGGAUUUUGGUCCGGUUUCGAUUCAGCUUUUUUGAAUUUUUGGAAGUUUAUAAAAAGUAACUAUCAUAUUGCAUCGAUAUUUAAUUUUGUUUGAUUUGGUACGAUUUAUAUAUAGUCAAUUUUCGGUUUAUUCGGUUUUAUACCAAAAAACCAUAUAACUAUAUUUAUCUUUGAUAAUAAAUUAGUUUACAUGAUUAGAAAUCAGAUUUAUUAAGACAUAAAUAUAUAUUCUUUACUCUAACUUUUAAAUAUAAUAUAUUUUAAUUAAUCGAUUUGGUUUAUUCGGUUAGAUUAGUUUAUAUACGAAACUAUAUCCGUAGACUGCGGUUUCUUAAAAAUAACAUCCAUUUGGUUUUUUCGGUACUAUUAAAUUCAAACCGUUUUCUCUUGUUUGGUUCGGUUCGGUUUUAUCGGACACCCCUAGCUGUAAGAGAUCUUUUCAACAACAAAAACACACACGCAUGAGCUGUCUUGACCUCAUCAAUGCUUUAUUGUGAUGAGAUCUCUAAAAGUUUUUGUUGUGUGCACGAAAUAGAAGUGACACACUACUACUUUUCUCACAAGUCUAUAAAUAUAUACACUCAUAAGUUCAAAACAAGAUAAAUAUUUUCUCAAUUAAAACCUAAUCAAAGAAGACAGAAAAAACAAGAUGAGAACAUCUUCUCUUCUUUCUUUGUGCUUGAUCGUCUCCAUCUUGCUACUUUCUCAAUCCCACAUAAUCUCAAGCGAACAUCAGGGAUCCAGGAUCAGACCAUUGGAUCGUAACCUAGUUGAACAUGAAGAGUACCCGGAAGGUUCGUCUCACGGUCAUCAUCACCAUGACCAUCUUCGAGCUUUCGUGAAGAAAAGCAAGAAGUCCAAGAAGAAGAAGAAGUCAUCGGCUACUAGAAAUCUUCUCUCUAGCCCACUUACUUAUCUAUCUACUGUUGUGACUUCCUUUGUUCUACUGCUCGCCGCAUUCUAAUCCAUUUACCAAGAUAUUAGGUUGCGGCUUGUGGUUCUAAUUGCUUUUGUUUUUCUCGUCAAAUGGUUUGAAUUUACAUGCUUGAUUGAGUUUGUAUUUGUGAUUGUUUGUUUUAUUCUUGGGGCAAAAGUUUGUAAACUCUCUAACACUUGAAAGUUGUUUUCCCUGAUUGUCUAUUAAUGUGGUUCUUGUUAACGUUAGAUGUUAUUCUCA